AUGGCGAAGGAAGAAGCUCCAAUCUAUGUAGUAAUCUCAGAUCAGGCUCCGGCAAGAACAAGAGCAAAUGGGCCUAUUGGUUUAUGGAAGAGGGUGUUUUAUAUUCUCAUCUGCUGGCGGGCGGAUGGUUUCCAAUACAAAGCAUCGACAAGUACGAUAUGGGCGGCACGCGGAACCGACAACUCAUCUGGCUCGACUCCGUUGCCGUCAGUUUUAGACGCUUUCCCUCCGUCAGCGUCCCUCCCCCCAUAA